CAAUUCGAUCUCGGCCUGUUUGAACGAAGCUUACGGCAUAAAAGCAACUUUUUCAGGGUAUUGGACCGGGUUAAAAUGGCUUUGAAGUUUGGUUUCAUUCUUCUCUUGGCUGGGUUUGUCGGGAUUCUCAAGGUUCAAGCUGCCUCGGUUGCCAUAGAGAAGGAUAUCUGGAAUAGCCUGCGUCAAGCUGAUCAGGACAAGAGGAACACAGACGUGGAUAGUCUUGACACUGAAAAUCUAUCGACAGAUGAAGAUUUUAGUUAUGAAGACCUUGCCUCGGAUGUCGCUUUUCCGAGAAGAGCAGUUUGUGCUGACGCUUUCAGUGGAUUGUGCAAAAUGCUUGGGAAAAAUAAACAGUGUGACAAGGGUAGGCACACGAGAUUCGCUAUGAGGUAUUGCCACGGCAGUUGCCCAGAAUACUGUAAAUAAUGCGACUUAAUUGGAGUUGCCCAGUCUGGAAUAUAUGAUCGACAAAAAUAAAAUCAUGAACCAAACUUAAAUCUUAAACCUAAUCCUUUAAACUUAAAGAGAUCCUCUGUUCUUUAUCAUAGUGCAAAACUUCAUGAGAUAUUUCUUUCGACUAAUUUUGGUCAACUGGCGCGGUUUGCUUUUUAAAAGAAUUCACUAGACUCGAUAGCCGGUUCCGUUCGGAAAUUGAGCCCACGCUCCACAGGUAGGAACGAAAACCGGACUAAAGAGAGUAGUGGAAAUCCGGCCUAGGAAUUGACACAAAUGUCUAUGUUGUGAAACAGUGAUGGCAAAAUAUAUAAAAUGAAAUGUUUGGUAAGGCUCCUUGGAAGAGAUAAGGAACCAGGAAAAGUGCAAUUAUUCAAUCUAUGUAUAAAAGAGGGUCUUCACGUCGUGGUGAUCUUGUGUGCUUCCCACAAGGAGUCAUGUCUUUCCUAUUUGCAUGUGUAGUACUAAAACACUUUUAGAAUAAUUUCUUUGUUUGAACUGUUCUGACACUCCUGUGCAGCUCAUUCCCAAGCCUUAUGCGCGCAAAGCCCUUUACGUCUAUUAAGGUGAAGUCCUAGAGCCUCUGAGCUGAAAAUCACUGCGUUCUGUUUUACUUCAUAUCAUAGAUAUUUGUACUCUUUUCUCUACUUUGUAUAACUAAAGCUAAUGAAUGAAAUUCUGGUUCUGGUUAGUACAGAUAUCGUAAUCGAAGCCGUUAACGUAGGUCUAUCGAUCGUUUCUGAUGCCUUUUUUAUUCCCCAUACUAGCUGAUCGUGCAAGGAUAAUGUAUCAAAUAAUUACCAAUUAUUUUAUCUCCCAUUUAUUCAUUAAGACUAUGAAGUUGCUUGAACUUCUAAAUGAUAAAAACCUGACCGUCAGUAUGCAAUAAGUUGCAUGAAAUGAUAGUAGCGAUGUUUUUCAGUCGAUUAGAACAAACUUGAACCGAACUUGUUAACAAUGCUAUCUGUAACUUAUAAACUUCCUCUAUCGUUAUCCAAUGUCCUUAUAACUGCUUUUCUGGUGAUGCUGAAACUAAAUAAAGACUGGGCUGACAAUA